CCUCCCGCAUAACACACACAGUGACGGGGGUGAGACUGGAGAGAGACAUAUCAGAUCCACACAGAGAGCUUCCUCUCACACACACACACGCAAACACUCCUUCACUCCUCCACUGAAGAUGGAACAACUGGAUCGCAACGCGCCCCCGUACCCAUGACCAAUUAAGAGCCAGCGAGCAAGUAUUGUCUCUGAGGAUCCGGACACACGCGCUCAUCUUUUCACGCUUUCACGAGACACGUUGAAGGUAUUUCCCCGUCAGUGUUUUAAGUGUGACACGUCGUUCCUGUGGAUUAUAUGAGGGUGGCUGGAUCUUGAGGACGGAGUGCGUCAAGUGAGCGCACGUAUCCAACAAGUGGAUGCAUGAAUUUGCUCGCAGCAGACAAACGCCGGGACUAAAACACAAACAACGAGUGGAUUGAUAACCUACAAAUCUGCCUAUCGAUUGAUCGGUUUACGGCAGAGAUCAAUAAUAACCGGCACUAAUCAGAUGUGGAGCUCGUGUUGGCUGAUGGUGAUGUAUAUAUGUGCGCAUUGUCUCGGCCUGAGGUAGUUUUUCCAUGCACUGACUUUGUGUGUUAAUGAGGACAUUUUCAAGCAAAUUAUAAAACUGCAAUGAGGUAAGACCCCCCACACAUUUUUUUCCUGCUCUCCAGUCAUUGAAAAGCGAGAUUUCCGCGGACACGCUGCGGUAUCCAGCGUCUCCCACCUCACCCCUCUCCCCCCAUCCAUGGACUCGCUUCCUCCUUCCCUCGGCGACCGUGGGGGGAAGUUGGGCUCCUCUCUGUAGACAUUUCUGUAUGACGAGGGCGCAGGUGGCAACCAAAGGUCGCAGUCAUGCCGAUGCAUCCAGUCACCUCCACGCUGAUGUACCGGGGGAUCUGCACCAUCCCUGACAUCCUCUCCUACAGCGCCCCGGUGAACCUGCCAGAAGACGAAGUUGAAGAGAUCCGCGAGGCCUUUAAAGUGUUUGACCGUGAUGGGAAUGGGUUCAUCUCAAAGCAGGAGCUGGGGAUGGCCAUGCGCUCCCUGGGCUACAUGCCAAACGAGGUGGAGCUGGAAGUCAUCAUUCAGAGACUGGACAUGGACGGCGAUGGCCAGGUGGACUUUGAGGAGUUUGUCACUCUGCUGGGCCCAAAGCUGACGGCAGCUGGUUUGCCAGAUAAGUUCAAUGGCACCGACUUUGACUCCGUCUUUUGGAAGUGUGACAUGCAGAAGUUAACGGUGGAAGAGCUGAAGAGGCUCCUCUACGACACCUUCUGCGACCACCUGUCCAUGAAAGACAUCGAGAACAUCAUCAUGACUGAGGAGAACCACAUAGAGAACCCUGAGGACUGCCAGGUGGAUAUAGACAGUUCCAGCCCGACGCAGCAAGUCAAGCAAACUUGUGUGCGCAAGAGCCUGAUAUGCGCCUUCGCCAUCGCUUUCAUCAUCAGCGUCAUGCUCAUCGCAGCCAAUCAGGUGCUGCGGAGCGGCAUGAAAUAGGAGCAGCGGCACUCUCAGCCUUGACCACCACCUAAAGGCUGCCUUACAGAUAAAUGACUGGAGACAAAGCUCAAAAAAAAAACAAAAAACAAACACAACAGACAAUCACGCAGCUGUAAAACAGGCAGACACAUGACUGCAGAGUAACUGGAGUCACCAAGGACACGACAUGUGCAGAAUUUGUCUCGCUGUACGAGACAUUUCAAGGACAACAGGACCUCACAUACAAAGAGACAGCGCUGUGUUUUAAAAGUGGACAGCUGACUAUACAUAUCACUCUUCGUAACACAACAUUUAGUAUUCAUUAGCUAUGUGCAUUUGAGCAGUGUUGCAUUCAGUAUGGUGGCAGCUAUAAAGAGAAGUGUAGUGACCGUCCAGUUUUGUAUUUGUCCAGUGUACCAUGCGGUUUAUUAUAAACGAGUAGAAAGAAAUGUGUGAAAUAUUGUGGGGACAUUGGAGAAGAUAUAUUCCUGAGGGCUGGAGGGUGUUGUUAUGUACAAGGUCUGGAGUGCACAGUGUUGUGGAGAUAUUGUAUGCGGUGCAACAUUGUUCAGAAACCACUUGGGAAUAACGAUAGCUUGGUAAGAAACAAAAUAAUAGGGUUGGCAGGGAGGUGCAUGCGAUUGUGUGGAUGGUUUCACUUGUUCACAGGCUGCAGGGCUUCAGUCUGAGCAGGACGGAGCAAGGUGAAGCAGGUUAACAGCUCACGGGGGGAAGGUGUUGAGGUCUGAACGGACGGGUAACUGGCUGGAAAGUGGCUGGACAUGCAGUAAACACUCGACUCUCUGUCUCCGCUGUGGGGCUGCGCAGGCCUCGGAGGGUGACCAUCAUCUAUGCAUGAAAUGCAUGGAUUUAAACAGUCGUCUUGACACAUUUGUAGAAGUUCUUAUCAAUGUAUUAAUCAUUAUGACUGUGUAACAGCUGUUUUCGAUUACUUAAUGACAACUGUGAGCAACUGUGUGGUGCGGGGUAUCAGCAUUCACAACAAAAGGUAACGCAUACAACUGCAUGAUUAAAGAAGGGCUGCUUUAGUACAUGCUCGUAAAAAUUACUUUUGGGAUUGCUAAGCUGUGGACCUUUUGACUCGCCGGAUGCCUGAUGACCAUUGCCCACUGUCACUGAAGAGCAAACGACAUCAAGAUGUGUGUCACUCAGCCAUUUAUAGAAUAUGCAUCAGAACUGAUCUGAUUGGUAGUGCCGAUACAAAUGUGCAGGAAUGUAAUUUGUCCUUUUAUUUUAGUUGUUUUCUGUCUGGAUGCGUUGCUAUAGAGCAAUAAAUGUAUGUAAAAUAGACAUCUCACAAUGCAUUGGACAGACAUGAACCUUCAAAAGCGUUAGUACCAAUGGACCUGUUAACUUUUGAGGUCAGAAAAGUUUCUAUAACACUUUUCGAAUCAAGGUUUUGGCAAUACAAGAGACAUUGGCCCUGAGGAGACGACCCUCUUAUUCAGUGAGAUGCAGACAGAUGAGCGGGAACACGUGCGUCAGAAGCUGCUCGGUGCAUUGAAGUCUGAGAGGGCCCAAAUGGUGUAAACUGUUGCAAUAAAACAAAUAUCUGUGAAGCACCACAUGAAUUUGAUUGGGUGUAGUUGUUUAGAUUGUUGUGCAUGCAUCUGGGUUAGGUCUGUCAUUAUCAAUGUGUAUUGUACAUAUAAACCAACUUCAACCAAAGCUUUGGCGGGAUCUGUGACAGCAGAACUGGGCCACAG